AUGAGCGUGUGUGAAUCAAAUUUUCUACUUAUUUCUUUAUUUGGACAAGGUAGCUGUGAAUGUGGAAAAUGCGUUUGUUAUGAAGGUUUCACAGGAUUAACUUGUGGAGUAGUGGCUGAAAAUGAGGCAUUAGAUGAUGAAAUGCCUGAAUCGUCUGAUGGUGAGAUGGAUGAAUCCUCAAAAAAUGAUGUAAGCAAAGUCGGAUAUGAUCAAUUUCAAGAAGAGAAUUUAGAUGAGGUAACUGAAAAUAAGGUGAAGGAGGGCGAAGAAUAUGCUGAAGCAACAGAAGGAUGUGAAAUGGAUGGUCAAGAAGCUGGUGAAACAUUGCUAUCAGUGGAUGAUGAUACUGGUAGUACAUCAGCUGAAUUAACUGAGACAAGAGUUGAAGCUGGUGACAGCAGUAAUGAUGAUGAUGAAGGACAAACUGCUGGUUGCUUAUGGAUAGAAAUUCAUUCAUUAAUUUUAUUAAUAUCAUUAAUGAUGCUUUUUUGGCCUUAA